AUGUGGCCAAGAAAUAACGGAUUCCAAAAUAAUGGACAAUAUCAACCAAACAAUUUCAAUCAAGAUGAUCUAUCUGCAACUACACCACUACAGUCCCCUUUUGGAGGUGGCCCUGGCCCCAAUUUCUUCCAGCAGCCAAAUAUGAUGCAGCAGUAUGAAGAGAUGAAUAUUGAUGGUUUUAAUGCUUUCUCUCCUGAACUACCAAUGUACAACCAGGCAGCUUUUGCACAAAAUCAAUUCAUCACUCCCAAUCCACCAUUCUCACCUCAAUUGAACUCAACUAAUAAUAGUGUGGCUCCUCCUACUCCUACUCCGACAAAAGAACAGCUUGCUGCCAAAACUGCCGAAUUAAGAGCAAGAUUGAUGAAGGGAAAAGAAGGCAGAGCCAUCUCAGCUACCCCACCAGCUGGUGCCGCGGCAAAACAAAUAACUGCGAUAGAGCCGUCGAGCUCAUUGCAGCAAUCCCCCAAAAGUCCUAUUACAGGGACAAACAUCGAUGAACACUUGCGCCGUGAAAAAGAGAUAAACGAUCUCAUUUCAGAUUAUUCCGAAACGAAGCCAAUAACAAAGUCAAAAAUGAAUCAGGAGGCAGGAAAUGGCACCGCCAAAAAACCGGUUCAUGUCAACACAUCCAUUCUAUCUGCGAAGUCCCAAGACCUUUUUUCGGGAAGCCCUACAAGAAUAACCAAAUCCCACGCCAACAGUGAUCGGGCUAGUAAUGGCACUCCAGCAGAGCGCGAAACUAGGAAUAUUAGGAAUGGAUCGAUGUCAGAAGGGGAGAUAUUAGAUGAGCCUACUCCUAAGAAGCUCCCGCCCACUGAGCCAAAAGCAAAUCAGGUCAAUAAAAAGUCGGCUAACGUUAAUGAAAAGUCUCUUAAACCUGAAGAUGGUCGAACAGCUCGGCCACCUCAUAUGCGUGUAAAGCUCGAAGAGCCUGGCCCUCUAGUUCGACGUCCAGCACCAGCACAGCCAUCAAAACCUGAUCCUCCUCGCUAUCGAGAAGAACGAAGAGAAGAGAACGAUUUUCGACCAGAGAGAAAAUCCAACGUCGAUCACAGACAUGAAAAGAAGUCACAACAUCAAGACGCCGACAAGAAACAUCACCCACGCAGAUUUUCUCGCGAAGAAAAUGAUGACUAUCGCCGUCCUGAAGUUGCUAAGGAAGAUGGCAAAUCUGUUCGGGAGUCUAAGCCGCCAACACUGGCACAAAUCUUACCACAUGAUGCCGAUUUGAGGGAAUGGUUGGAGAUGUCUCAAUAUCACGAUCUAACACAUAGAAACAAGGUAUUAAAAACCGCACGAGCUCUAAAGGAAUUGGAGUCACAAAAAGCAAAACUUUUGGCAGGUAUACAGGACAAUCACAGUCUUGUGAAAUAUAACAUGGGAAGCUUGACGACCGGCCUGAUCAUGCCUCCUCAGAACGCCUCAGCUACAACAGAACCUACAGAUCUUCGUGAUCGAGUUACAUCUAACAAGCGCAGUUACAGUGAAGUCCAAGACUCCCAAGAGGAGGUAAACUAUGGAAAAUCAGCUCGCCUUGAGGAUCGUGAACAUGAACAUCGCCGUCGACAGAGUUCAGCCGAUUAUGAUUCCUCUCGCCGUGCAAAUGGUGAUCGUGGAGGCCGUUUCGAAGAGUCUCGUAUUCGUGGUCGUAGCCACAGUAAUGAUCGUGAAGUGUCCCCUGGUUUAAGGGCCUACGAAAGCAGACCCCCUGCACGCGACAGAUCCUAUGAUACAGGCUCUGGUGGACGUCGCACUUUUGAAGUACACGGAAGUUAUAGAGGAAAGGCCUUUGAUCCAAAUUACCGAGGUCGAGGUCGAGGUCGAGGGCGUGGUGACUGGGGAUCGCAUGAGUCAAGAAGUGAAGCUGGGUUUGGAUCGCGAAAUGCACUUAGCAAGCCUUACAAAGAUCCGAAGGGUUUUGAUCGAGGCGGGAAAGGUGAUACAAGAUACUUUAUUGUAAAAUCAUUCAAUGAGGAGAAUGUUAUCAAAUGUAUAGAAGAUGGUGUAUGGACCACUCAAGCACAGAACGGACCUAUCUUCAAAGAAGCCUUCGAGACCUGCAAAAACGUAAUCCUCGUCUUCUCCAUCAACAAAAGCCGGGCAUUUCAGGGCUACGCACGCAUGGAAUCCCUCCCUGGCUCAAUCGAAGUCCCGUCGUGGCAAAACUCUAUCAAUUGGGAAAGUGCAGGAGCGUUUAAAGUUCGAUGGCUCGCGAUAAAUAGCACGAGGUUUCACCGCAUAGGCCAUUUGAAAAAUUCGCGGAAUGAAAAUUUGGCGGUGCUGAUUGGGAAGGAUGGGCAGGAGAUUGAGGAAGGGUGUGGAAGUGAUUUGUUGACGUGUAUGGAUGAGGAGUUGGAGGUGGCGUUGGAGGGGGAGAGGUUGGUGGAUAAGGAGGAUUUUUGGGAUGAUUAG